ACACGCAACUCGUUUAAACGUAUCCGAAUAUCUACCUACCUCCGACAUAACACCCGCGAUACCAUCACCAAUCCCCACAUCCCACCACCCCACCAACAUCCCACGCAGACCGCACAAACCGAAAAAAUACCAUCAAAAUGGUAACAACCCGCUCCGCCAGCCGCGCCGCCUCCGUCGCGCCUCGCCACCCCUCUCCCAGCAGCCCCAGCCCCAGCAGCAGCAACAACAGCACCACUGUCUCCCGCACAUCCUGGACACACGCGCCCACGCGUCUAACCCUCUUCUGGUUCGGGCUGUCCCUGCCCCUCGUGAUCUGGGACACAGGAUACGUGCUCCUGCGCCCGUUAACAAUGGAGGGCGGAUCACUACACUGGCCGCUGUACACGCCGUACAAGCUGUACGGCGAGGUGGACCACGUGUACGGGUGGAAGGCGUUCGACGCGCACAGCGGGUUCACGGCCGCGCAGGGGACGCUGAAUGUCGUUGAGACGGUUAUGUAUCUUUUCUAUGUGGGCUGGUAUCUUGGGAAGGGGGUUAGGGUUGAGGUGAAGGGGAAGGGGAGGGAGAAGGGGGUGGGAGAGGGGAAGAAGGUUUUGCUGGGAAGACAGGCUGGGGUGGCGGUUUUGGUGGCGUUUAGUGCGGCGGUUAUGACUUUGAGUAAGACGGUGUUGUAUUGGCUUAAUGAGUACUUCUCGGGCUUCGACAACAUCGGCCAUAACAGCCGCCAAGAUCUGAUUCUCCUGUGGAUCAUCCCGAACGGCCUAUGGCUUAUCUUCCCGACAUACAUAAUCUACGUCAUGGGCGGCGAGAUCGUAGAAGGAUUGUCGAACGCGUCGUCUAGUGUGGCGAUCAAGUCUGAGUAGGUCAAUCGCGUUUUUACGUGGGAAACAGGUCAAAGUGAGCCAAGGCAGGCGUAUAUGCCGAUUACGAGGGGAUGAAGAAAUGUCACGAUUACGGUCGUGAUAACGUGUUUACGAGUCCAAGCCCAGGCUGUAAGAUUGAAUGAAUAUAUCCAAUACCCAUGAACAAGCCGUAUUAUGCUAUCUUCAUAUCCUCCAGCUAAUUAGACUAUGCUCAACACCCUUUCCCCCCCCUUCAUCGCUACAUAC